GUCUGACUCCUGGAAUAACCUAUUAUAUUACUAUGUGGUAUAAAAGACAAGAACAAGGUUUUAGAAUGGGAUUAAUUCUGUCCUCAACAUCACUUGGUGGUGCUUUUAGUGGAUUAUUAGCUUAUGCAAUUGCAAGUCUUACGGAUGAAGAUUCACCUUUAAAAGGAUGGCAAUUGAUUUUUCUAAUUGAUGGUUUGGUUUCCAUUAUAGUUGCUAUUAUUGCAUAUAUUUAUAUCACUGAUUAUCCAGAUGAAGCCAAGUGGCUUAACCAAGAAGAGCGGUCAUUGGCAGUUUUAAGGUUAAAACUUGACGAUGAUGAUGAGGAUUAUAAAAAAGCUCGAGAACACUCAUUUGACAAGGUUUAUGUACUAGAAUGUUUGAAGGAUUGGAAAGUGUACAUAUCGAUGCUCAUUUUAUUAGGCAUUACUACCACAAUUUAUUCAUUUGUAUUUUUUGUUCCUUCAAUCGUCAAUGGAAUUGUUAUAUCUCAAUUAUUGGUGGCACCUCCAUUUUUGUUUGGCUUUAUCUCACAAUUAGUAGUAACAGCUUUAUCUGAUCGUACGAAUCUUCGUGGUCCUUUUGUAAUGUCAUUUGCCUCAAUUGGAGUCGUGGGAUACAUAGUUAUUUUGUAUUCUGUAAAUUUGAGGGCUAUGUUUGGUGUAGCUCCAUGUAGCGCUAUUGCUAUUGUAUGGCUGUCAAACAACCUGUCACCACCACUAAAACGUAACAUAGGUGUUGCAAUGAUGAUAAGUUGUGCUAACUGUGGAGGUAUAAUUGCCGCUCAGAUAUAUCGUUCUGUAGAUUACCCUAAUUACGUGCGUGGUCAUAUUUUUGCAUCAGGUUUCUUAUUAGCAGUCGUUUGUUUGAGCGCAAUCCAGUAUGGAAUGUUAGGCCGACUUAAUGAGUUGAAAGAAAAGGAAAAAAUUAGCCAUAAAACUUCUGAUCAUAAGAGUAUUAAAGAAGAUAAAAAGGAAUUAGCUAAGCUUGACUUCACAUAUAAUGAUACUAGUUCAAAAAGACAACAUACACUCCUUCCUAGACUACACCAAAAUACCAAAAGUGGGCCAUCUAGCUUGCCCCCAAUAAAAAACAGCAUGACAUCAUCACACCAAAACAACAACAACAACCAACUCGUCCAAACCGGUUUUAACAACAUCCAAACAGAAACCACGGGAAAAAACAACAAUACAACAAUAAUUUUCUACAACAACAGCCCCAAUAUUACCAUAUUAGGCAACACAUCCUACACCAACAACAACAACAACAACACAGCCAUGCCCCAGACCAACACCAACAAUGCAACAACAAGAAACAUAGAUAAUGCAACAACAACCAACCCUGAAGUAUCAACUGAUACACAACAUAAUAACCAUAUGGAAACUGACACAGCCUUCACAAUAUCUGCAUAA